AUGAAGUUUGCGUGGACCGUCCGGUCAAGUGUCCAGACGAUGACCACCACAACUGUAGCUCGGGGCAGGUGGCGACGUGUGUGCCAGAGGGCUGUCUGCUGUGUUCUCCGGAGCAGGAGUGUCGGUGGAUAAACAACACGGCACCAUGUGUGGAGGGAGAGACGUGUCCAGAGUUUUUUUACUACUGCCAGGAGCUGGACUACUGUGGCGGAUGUGACCCUACUCAGAUCUGUGAGUUCGCCGGCCUGGGCUGUAUCAACGGCUCAUGUGAGGCCACCUUCCACUGUGUGCCCAAAGACUAUUGUGGAGGAUGUCUGCCUGGCCAGUACUGUGACGACGAGGCAGAGACCCCCGUGUGUCGGCCACAGAGCCGGUGUCCGCAGCUGGGUCUGUCCAUGUCCCCGGAGUCGCUCGUCUGUAUCCUGGAGCGCUGGAUCAGCCAGGCGUGUCAGGUGGACGCCGAUUGUGACGUCAAUAACGGGACGUGCUGCCACACCAGGUGUGGGCGGAAGUCCUGCUACCCCUUGUUCUGAAACUUGACGAGAGCAUCUUUGUGAAAGAAAACAGAUCGCUACCAAGAUCUUACAUAGUUGAAAUAGUAACAAAUGGCUAUCUCUUAGACUUAGAAAGUUCUGUCUGUUCAGUUUCAAGUUUUUGUUGGAGAAAUUUUACGUAAAAAGUUUAGAGUUUCACAACAUGUCAAGCUUUUUCGAAUGCAGUCCUGCUACCCCUUGUUCUGAAACUUGACCCCUUGUUCUGAAACUUGACCCCUUGUUCUGAAACUUGUCCCCUUGUUCUGACACAACUUGUCCCCUUGUUCUGACACAACUUGUCCUCUUGUUCUGAAACUUGACCCCUUGUUCUGGAACUUGGCCCCUUGUUCUGAAACUUGACCCCUUGUUCUGAAACUUGACCCCUUGUUCUGAAACUUGGCCCCUUGUUCUGAAACUUGACCCCUUGUUCUGAAACUUGUCCCCUUGUUCUGACACAACUUGUCCCCUUGUUCUGACACAACUUGUCCUCUUGUUCUGAAACUUGACCCCUUGUUCUGGAACUUGGCCCCUUGUUCUGAAACUUGACCCCUUGUUCUGAAACUUGACCCCUUGUUCUGAAACUUGGCCCCUUGUUCUGAAACUUGACCCCUUGUUCUGAAACUUGUCCCCUUGUUCUGAAAAUUGUCCCCUUGUUCUGAAACAACGUGUCCCUUUGUUCUGAAACUUGUCAUGAGCAUCUCUGUGGAAGAAAGCAACCGCUACCAAGAUCUUACAUUAGUUGAAAUAGUAACAAAAAAGCUACCCUAGAAUUACAAGGUUCUGUCUGC